UUUCUAAGAAAUUGAUUUUUAGAUUAUGAGGAUUUACUUAAAUUAUAAAAAACUUCAAUAGUUUUUAGUUUCAGAAGCAAAGAAAACUUAUUUACUGGUUACAACAUAUUUCAUGUCCUUUUCAACAUCACGUGAUCGACUCCAGCAACUUGAGGAGAUUGAACGAGAUUUGGUAGCAGUGAUUGAAUCAGCUGGACAGUCUUUGUUAGAGUUGUCAAAAGAACAACCAUCUGAAGAUUACAUUAUUUCCAGAACCACUGAAUUUUUAAAAGGAUUAGAGGCUGUCGAAAAGAAUUUAAGUGAACAAAUAUCUUAUCUUAGCAACGCGACAACAAGCCAUCAACACGAGGCUGGUAUUUAUGGCGAAGAAAAAAAAUUUCAAUUGGUUUGUGAAGCUACAGCAAAUGUACUUGACAGAUUAAAUUCUUUGACAAAAAAAGAAGCAUUCUGA